CUGCUCGUUUGCGCGGCAGGCCUGCUCGUAAACUGCAGUCACCGGCUUGGCUCCUGUUUUCAGCGGGGGAGGGUUUAGCUAGACAGCUGUAGUAGGGGCGAUUAUUCCCUUGAUUAAAAGUAGCCAGCAGGAUCCUGCGGGUUAGAAAUCAAGAGUUUUGGCGCAACUUUAUUUUUGAAGGGUUUUGACAAGAGAGAUGAUCAUAUAAUGGAAUACAAAAACCCGAAACAAGGUGUCAGGCCUGUGGCCAACGUUGCUUCCUUCAGCUUGCUAACUAUUAGCUAGUUGUUCCCAUUGAUGUGUGUAGCUAGAUUCGUUAGCUUAGCCAGCUAGCUUGUGUUGUUGUUGUGGGUCCAUUAAUACACGGGACCUGGUUGGUUCUUAGCGCACAUUGUUGUAAUUUUUCAAAAAACUUUUUUGAAAGUUAUUGCUUGUUAAGGUAUCUAAUCCAGAGAGAAAUAUUCUCUGUUAUCUUUCUCUGAAAUCAAAAGUCGAGCAGUGUGUGUAUUUUUUUUAAGACAAAGUGAUUUGCGCUUGCCAAGUUAAUUUGACAGGUUUUUUUUGUUUUUGUUGGUAACUGUCCUCGGAUCAGAAUUAAAGACCGGACCUUUUUUCUUCUCCAUCCAACCCUGCUACCAACCGGACAGUACUACGUUAGUCUGUCUGACCCCGGAGCUGACCACACAUCACUGCCUGCUCAAUGGAGGAACAUGACAACAUGGACUAUUUAUAUCAGCAGGUCCUGCAGAAAGACGUUUCCCGCAGGUUGCAGGUCGGGCAGGAUUUAAUAGACUACCUGAACGACCCGCAGAGGUCCUCCGAUGUGGAACAAGACAAACCCCGGCUGGAUAAAACCAUAGAUGAGCUGACGGGAUGGGUCAACGCCAGCAACUACAAGGUGGCGUUGUUGGGGAUAGACAUUGCCGGGGCGUUUGUCGAUCGCCUGGGGGAACACUUUAGAGGAUACCUGGGAACAGUGGUCCCAGCCCUCGUGGACAGGUUGGGGGACAGUAAGGACCAGGUCAGAGAACAGAGUCAGAAUCUUAUCCUCCGCUGUAUGGAAGUGACCGCAUCGCCUAUGUAUGUGUGGGAGAGGUUGCUUCCUGGUUUUAAACAUAAGAACUUCCGCAGCAGAGAGGGGGUGUGUCUGGUUCUCUGCGCCACGCUCAACACGUAUGGUGCUCAGCCAUUGCGUCUCAGUAAGAUCGUUCCCCACCUCUGCACUCUGACUGGAGACCAAAACCCACAGGUCCGUGAGGCUGCCACAACAUCUCUGGUGGAUGUCUAUCGCCACAUAGGAGAGAGAGUCAGAGCCGACCUGGGAAAGAGUGGCCUGCCUGCCGGACGGUUACAGACAAUAUAUGGGCGUUUUGACGAAGCUUUGAAUUCUGGGAACAUGGCGCUCAGCCCCAGUCACGACCGUAGUUUUGAGGAUGAUGCAGACAGUGCAGAUGGGAACCGUGCUCAGGCUGCCUUCAAGGUCCCCAAGGUCCCCAAGAAGUCGGCAGAGUCCUCGGCUGCACGAAGAUCCAACACUACGGGUUCCAAGAUCGGAGGUGCGUCUAAGGAUGGAACCGGGGGCAUCGAUGAAGAAGACUUCAUCAAAUCUUUCACUGACGUCCCCACAGUACAGAUCUACUCGUCUCGUGACCUGGAGGAUAACCUGAAUAAGAUCAGAGAGAUCUGUUCUGAUGACAAACAUGACUGGGACCAGAGAGCCGCUGCAAUGAAGAAGAUCCGCUCGCUGAUUGUUGCCGGGGCAACGGAGUACGAGUGUUUCUACCAACACCUGAGGCUGUUGGAUGGAGCAUUCAAACUGUCAGCUAAAGACCUCCGAUCACAGGUGGUACGAGAGGCCUGCAUCACUGUGGCCCACCUGUCGACAGUGUUGGGUAAUAAGUUUGACCAUGGUGCUGAGGGCAUUCUUCCUGUCCUGUUCAACCUCAUCCCUAACUGUGCCAAGGUUAUGGCCACUUCAGGGGCGUCUGCUAUACGCUUCAUCAUACGGCACACACACGUUCCCAGACUCAUCCCCCUGAUCACCAGUAACUGCACCUGCAAGUCUGUGGCCGUCAGACGGAAAUGUUUUGACUUCUUGGACCUGCUGCUACAGGAGUGGCAGACCCAGACUCUGGAAAGACAUACAGCGGUGAUGGUCGCCAGCAUUAAGAAGGGAAUCACAGAUGCCGACGCAGAGGCCAGGGUAGAGGCCCGCAAGGCAUACUGGGGUCUUAGGAACCAUUUCCCGGGGGAGGCAGACUCUCUGUUCAACUCGUUAGAGCCGUCCUAUCAGAAGAGCCUCCAAUCAUCUCUCAAGAGUUCUGGGAGCGUGACGUCUCUUCCUCAGAGCGACCGCUCCUCUUCCUCAUCACAGGAGAGCCUUAAUCGUCCUCUGUCAUCUAAAUGGUCAGCUGCUCCUGGAAGAGUCCCGGCGGGUCAUAAGGGCGGGGCGUCGCCGGGCUCCCUACAGCGUUCCCGUAGCGAUGUAGAUGUUAAUGCGGCAACGGUUGCUAAGCAGCGGCACAUCGGGCAGGUGGGGCCAGUGAGACUGACCCCCGGCUCCUACUCCUCAUUGGAUGAUGCCUCAGAUAAAACAGAUGGUCGUCUGAGGACCAAGCAGCCUCUCACCACGGCAACCAGUGUCAGCCACGUGGACUCCCGGGGACGCAGCCGCACCAAGAUGGUGUCCCAGUCACAACGUUCCUACGAAUCAGAUUGCACACCAGGAUCUCAGUCUGCUACCAUCGUUGGUGCCGGCAGUCGGAGUGGUUCCCCGGGUCGCGUCCUGACCAGCACCGCUCUGAGUACGCUGGGUUCUGGAGCCCAGAGGGUCCUAGCUGGGGCCGGAGGGAGACGUAGCCGCAUCCCCCGCAGCCAGGGCUGCUCACGAGACUCCUCCCCUACACGCCUGUCUGUCGCUCCCUCCAGUGUUAGUUCCAUCUACAAAGCAACGAGCAGAGGAGCUCGGGGCAGUCGUAUUCCUCGGCCCAGUAUGAGUCAGGGCUGCAGUAGGGAGGCCAGCAGAGAGAGCAGCAGAGACACCAGCCCUGUGCGUUCCUUUACACCUCUGGCAUCGCGCCACUACUCUCGUUCCACCGGAGCUCUCCACACCGCCGACGCUUUAGGGGCCGCAGGGGCAGGGUACAGUAUCAGUCAAUCCAGUCAUCUGUCAUCGUCAGUCAGCACCAUGAGAGUCCUCACUGGGUCUGAUAUAGAGGAGGCCCUCGCUGACGCCCUGCUGAUGGGAGACAUAACAUCCAAGAAGAAGCCAGCGCGGCGUCGCUAUGAGAAUUAUGGGAUGUAUUCGGAUGAUGAUGCUAACAGUGACGCGUCCAGCGCCUGCUCAGACCGCUCCUACAGCUCCAGGAACGGAGGAGUCAUCCCUACGUACAUGAGACAGACUGAAGACGUGGCCGAGGUGUUGAACCGCUGUGCCAGUGCCAACUGGUCGGAGAGGAAGGAGGGGCUUCUGGGUCUACAGGCUCUACUGAAGAAUCAACGCACCCUCAGUCGUGUGGAGCUGAAGAGGUUGUGUGAGAUUUUCACCAGGAUGUUUGCAGACCCCCACAGUAAGCGAGAAUCCGGAUCUAAGGUCUAUGGAACGGCAGAAUCCGGUAUAAGCUCAGCCUCCUUCAAGAGAGUGUUCAGUAUGUUCUUGGAGACCCUAGUGGACUUUGUCCUGGUGCACAGAGAAGACCUGCAGGACUGGCUGUUUGUCCUGCUCACCCAGCUGCUGAAGAAGAUGGGAGCUGACCUGCUGGGGUCUGUCCAGGCCAAGGUCCAGAGAGCACUGGACAUCACACGAGAGUCUUUUCCCAACGACCUCCAGUUCACUAUCCUCAUGAGGUUCACUGUGGACCAGACUCAGACACCAAACCUCAAGGUGAAGGUGGCUGUUCUGAAGUACAUUGAGACCUUGACCCUGCAGAUGGAUCCUCAGGACUUUGUGAACUCCAGUGAGACGCGCCUGGCUGUGUCUCGCAUCAUCACCUGGACCACAGAGCCCAAGAGCUCCGACGUCAGGAAGGCGGCCCAGUCGGUACUCAUCUCCUUGUUCCAGUUGAACACUCCAGAGUUCACCAUGCUGCUGGCAGCCCUGCCCAAGACCUUCCAGGACGGAGCCACCAAACUGCUACAGAACCACCUGAGGAACACCGGUAACACUGCACAGGCCCCAAUGGGAAGCCCUAUGACAAGCCACACCCCCCGCUCUCCUGCCAGCUGGUCCAGCCCCCUCACCUCUCCUACCAACACGUCACAGAACACAUCCACACUCGGUGCGUUUGACUACGACACAGAGAACAUGAACUCGGACGACAUCUAUAGUAGUCUGAGAGGAGUUACAGAGGCCAUUCAGAACUUCUCCGUCCGCAGUCAGGAAGAAAUGAACGAAACGGGUGGUGGUGCUGACCAGGUGGAUGGAGUCCGCACUGCUCUGGACAACAAGACUUCUCUUCUGAACACCCCCCUGCUCUCCUCUUCUCCCCGGGGGUCCCGAGACCCCUUUACAGACUCCCCCUUCAAACACAACGUCAAAGAUACUUCAUUGGACGAAUCAGACCAGCAAACUGAUGACAGCAGCAUUGACCAAUCAGAGCUGGUGACUGAGCUGCUGAAGGAGCUGUCCAAUCACAAUGAGCGUGUGGAAGAGAGAAAGGUGGCGCUUUGUGAUCUCUUGAAGCUGAUUCGAGAAAACACCCUGCAGGUCUGCUGGGAUGAACACUUCAAAACCAUCCUCCUGUUACUACUGGAGACGCUGGGGGACAGAGAGCAUGUGAUCAGGGCGUUAGCUCUGCGUGUUCUGAGGGAGAUUCUGAGCCGUCAGCCGUGGAGGUUCAAGAACUACGCUGAACUCACCAUCAUGAAGGCCCUGGAGGCACACAGGGACCCACACAAAGAGGUGGCGCGAGCGGCAGAGGAGACGGCGGCCAUGCUGGCGUCGUCAAUCAGUCCAGACCAGUGUGUCAAGGUGUUGUCUCCCAUCAUCCAGUCAGCUGACUACCCCAUCAACCUGGCUGCCAUCAAGAUGCAGACCAGAGUAAUAGAGAGGGUCCCCCACCACGGACUAGUCACCAUGCUGCCGGAGAUAGUCCCCGGACUCAUACAGGGUUAUGACAACGCGGAGAGCAGUGUGAGGAAGGCCUGUGUAUUCUGUCUGGUGGCCCUCUAUGCAGUCAUAGGGGAGGAGCUAAAACCUCACCUCAACCAACUGUCUGGCAGCAAGUUGAAGUUGUUGAAUCUGUACAUCAAGCGUGCCCAGUCUGGCUCCAGUGGUGGUGAGCCCCCACCAGACAGCCUAUAGAACAGACAGAUGGACAGCGCCCCACACAGGACAACCAUGGAACUGCACUCUCCCUCCGGAGACUUAACACACAUGGACACACUCUUACAUGGAUGGAUAAACACACACUCACACGCUUACUGACAUGCUUACAUGAACAUGCUAAUAUGAAGGCACAGACUGACACACACACACACUGUCCUGGACACAAACUCCCAUUGCCUCUUUGUUGCCUACUACAAUGCACUCUGGGAUACGGUGCAGAAGAGAGGAUUGUUGUAGUUCCCUUCACAAACAUGGAAGAUCCACCCUGUUCUCUGAGAUUCACCCCUGAUCUCUACACACCUAACCACACCCUCUGAUGAUGCACUAGCCACACACCCCCAGCCAGGAUGGAUGGCUAGAGAGGAAGGGAAGAGGCUAGGUAUCUGCAUUCUGCAGACUGGUGUGUUUAUGUCUGCGACAGAGAGUGGAGGGGGUUUAUAUUUCUGAGGUCAGUCCAUCUGUCAUGGUGGUUGAGUGUGUUUAUGUCUGUGACAGAGAAUGGAGGGGGUGUAAAUUUCUGAGGUCAGUCAGUCCAUCUGUCAUGGUGGUCGAGUGUGUUUUAACCCCUGAAACUCUGAAGGCACACUAACCCCUAUGUAGUGCACUACUUUUGGCCACUACAUACGCCUCUGGUCAAUCUAUAUAGGGAAGUAGGGUCCUCCUCCGUAAGCAGUUAUGUCAUAACUGUUCAUAACAACUACAUAGGCAAUGAGUGUAAGGUAUGGGAGGCGGAAUGUGCUUAGCUAUACAUGACAGUGAUUUUAACUCUUUAUCCAGAGCCUAUUUACUGUCACAGUGGAAGGGAGAGGAUGAAAUUAGUUAACCAUGUCCACCCCUUUCAGAGAAGUCCAUGGAACCUUCCACUGCUUUCCUGCCAUGUCUUGGAUGAGCACAUUUCAGACAAAGAUGGGGGGGGGGGGACAUGGCUUAUUAUUAUCACCUAAUGGAUAUGCCUCUACACAUGAUAACAUGGAAUAAUAUCCAAUAACGACGUCCUUGAAGGAGGUGCUCUGCGUCCUGAUCAGUGUUGUUUUCUGUUGCCAUGGUUUCUCUCCGGGGAGACGUUUUGGACAAAUGUAUUAUUUAGUGAUCUGAGAAACUGUCCCCUCUUCUUCCUCCUCUUGUAACAGUCUGGCUGUUACCAGGUUGUUUUCCUCUGUGCAUUUACAAAGCUGUGCUUACAAUAAAAUGAAGAAAAAAGAAAAA